AUGAGAAGUAGAGAUCGUCUCACUGGGCGUGCCAAAAUUUGGUUCUACGGUGGCAAGGUCUUGGGGAUUGGUAAGGAAUAUGAAGGUCUUUACAUACUGCAAGAAUGUGCAAAGGCAGCAAGAAUAACAAUAGAAUGCUCAACGCCAGAGCCAUCAUCCACUCCAAUUCAUACUGAGCAAAGUCCACCAGCAUCUCCUACCAUUGCACCAGAACCUCAUGAACCUCAUCCCAAUUCCCCUCAAUCUUCUUUAGCAAAUAUCAACACAACCUCUGUAGAAGAGGGUUCUAGUUCAGACAAUACAGAGAUUACUGAUCCUUCACUACCUCAACAUGUUGAUACAACUGAUUCUUCAUCUAUUCUACCAUUAUUCUUGCCCUCCUCUCAGCUACCUUCCCCACCGGCAUUCUACUUAAAGGUUUUCUCAGUAGUCAUUGAAUCAAAUACCUACAAGGAGGCUGCAACUGAUCAGAAUUGGGUUCAUGUAAUGGAACAGAAAAUCAAAGCUCUUGAAGAUAACCACUCCUGGGAUAUAGUGGAUCUGCCUGCAAACAAAUUGACUAUAGGCUUUAAAUGGGUCUAUAAAGUUAAUCAUAAAACUAAUGGUGAGAUAUAUAGGUACAAAAUAAGGUUAGUGGAUAAAGGCUACACUCAACAAGAGGGGAUUAACUACCAUGAAACCUUCUCACUUGUGGCAAAAAUAGUGACAACAAUGACAAUCAUUGGUGUUGCAUCAUCCAAAGAAAUUAGUAACAGUCUCAUUGAAGAGGCAAAUGCAACAUUACACAAGAACUUCAAAAUGAAGGAUCUAGAGGUUGGUUUGAGUGGCUGCAAGCCAGUCUCAACACCUAUGGAGCAAAAUCACAAACUCACCACUAUUGAUUAUGAUAAGCAUGUUGGUAAUACUGUAGAUGCUCUACUGGAAGAUGUCUGUAGCUAUCAAAAACUGAUUGCAUUAAGAGUAGUCAGAUACAUCAAAGGAAGCCUUGGACUAGGGAUCCUCUUGAGCAGUAGACAAACUAAUACUCUCACAGUAUACUGUGAUUCAGACUGGGCAGCAUGCCCAAAUACAAGAAG